ACAUUUGUCAAAACCAUGUGAAAUUUACGUUGAAUGUUGAUGUACUAAGUAACCUCAAAUUAAUAGUUAUUUAUCAUAAUUCUGUUGUUUAAUUAACAGUUAAUAAUAAUGGCUAAAGUUAAGAAUAAGAGGAAUGCAGGUUUAGCGGAUAAAGUGCAUCAGAAGCGAAAUGCAGACGCAAAUAAAAAGAAGUUGAACCCUUUCGAAGUUCAUAUAAAUAGGGAGAAACUUAAAGUUUUAGGAAAGAAAUCUAAGCAUGAUCGAGGUUUACCAGGUGUAUCUCGUGCCAAGGCCAUACAAAAGAGAAAGGAGACUUUAGGAACAGAAAUGAAGAUAAUGCAUAAAACCAAUGCUUUCAUAGACCGUCGUAUUGGUGAAAGAAACAGUCAGCUCUCAGCGGAAGAACGCAUGAUAGCUAGAUUUGCUGCAGAGAGAUCUAAGCAACAUAGUAAAAAGAGUAUUUAUAACUUGGCCGACGAUGAGAUAUUGACGCACAGAGGCCAGACAUUAGAACAGAUUGAAAAGUUCGAUGAUCCAAGAUCAUCUGAUGAUGAAGAUGAAGAAAAAAAGUUCGGAGGUUUAGACGAUGAGUUUGUAUCAGAAGGACAUUUUGGUGGUGGUGUGCUAUCAAAAUCGGAAUCGAAAGACGGUGCGAAGUCGCAUAAAGAUCUGAUAGAACAAUUAAUUGCGGACUCAAAGAAGAGGAAAGCGGAGAAGCAGAAGGAGAAGGAACAGACUUUAGAUUUAACAGAGAAAUUGGAUAGCGAAUGGAAAGAUUUACAACCUGUUGUUUUUAAGCAGCAUAAAGAAGAAUCCAUUAUAGACAAACUGUUGAAUAAAGAAGAUAAAGGCUUGGACUAUGAUAAGACUAUGAGGGAACUGAGAUUCGAGAAGAGAGGGACGCCAUCAGAUGCUCUUAAGAGCAAGGAAAAAUUGGAGGAAGAGGAAAAGAAGAAAAUUGAAGAAUUAGAGAAGCAAAGACAAGAGAGAAUGUUAUCACAAGAAGAGAAGGCGCCAAAGAGAACACAGACUAUGAAACACAGGUCCGCAGACGAUUUGGACGAUAACUUCGAUCUAGACGACAACAAGGAAUUCAUGUUGGCUUAUGAUAAGGACGGGAAACCAUUAGUACCUGAAAAUGUACUGAACGAUUUCUCAGUACCGAAUGCUAGGAAGAAAUUCGAUGACGGUAUAUCGGACACGUCUGAUGAGGAUGAUGAUGAGAAUGAUGAGAACAAUGACACUGAUGAUGGAAAUGAUGAAGAUAAUGAAAUAGAGCAUGAUGAAGCAAAGGAAGGUCAAAGUCUGAAAAGACCAGCGUCUCCAGAAUCCAUUGAUAGUGAAAGCAAUGAAGAUAGUAAGAAACAGAAACUUGAUGAUGAGGUUUUGCCUAAAAAGAUAACCCGCGUUGAUAAUAACUCUCAUAACGACGAUAUAGAAAGUUCAAAUGACGAGAGGACUCAGGGACUAUUGAACGAAAACAAUAUGUCUGAAUCAAAUGACUUAGAAUGUGAUACUUCUAGUGACGAUGAACCGGGUAUUGUUAGAGACAAGAAAAUAAGUAACGCUGAGAGUGAAAGUGGAAAACUAAGUGACGGUACGUUGAAAGUGGAUUCCGAUGAUGAUGAUGAUGAUGAUGAUGAUGGUGAUGAUGAUGAUGAUGAUGACGAAGAAAGUAUGCAGAACGACAAGAACAGCAAGCUUGAUUUAGAUGAUCUGAAAGAGACAGAUGAAUCGGAGGAAGAGAGCGAGGAAAACAAAGAGAAAAUGGGUUCCUUCUUUGAUCUCAAAUCGGCAGUGGGUGAUAAUUUGAAGGAACUAUUGCGUGGGAAGACACCGUCCCAACAGUCCUCGGCCAUACAGAAGUUAAUAAAGAGCUAUGAUCCCAGCUUAUCACAAAACAAUAAAGAGCUGCUGAGCACAUUAUUCGCUCACCUCCUGCAGUAUAUACACGAUCUGUUCACCGACCUCUCCGAAGAGAGCGACGUUAUAAAGUCUUUUCUGAUCUUCGACAAAAUAGUCCCUUAUCUCUACGAUUUAGUUCAUUUAAAUAAAGUUUCAACAAAAAAAUUUUUGGUCGAAUUACUUAAAGAAAAACAUGACAAUUUUAAACUUUCCCCCAAAAAAGUACCUGAUUUGAAUACGCUAAUAUUUUUCAAAUUAGUAUCUAUUCUGUAUCCGACAUCCGACUUCCGGCAUCCCGUUACGACGCCAUCUUUGAUUUUCAUGACCGAAAUAUUAACUUUAUCGCGUUUCAGAGACUCGAUUUCAGUGUCUAGGGGUUUGUUUAUAGUUUCGUUAAUUCUAGAAUAUACUUGUUUAUCAAAGCGGUACGUUCCGUCGGCGUUAAAUUUCUUAAGAGGCUUAAUUUAUUUGAGCGCGAACACGUCUAUUCUGAAUCCAGUGCAAGUCGUUCCGCCAUUCCGUUUGAAUAGAGAUGUCAAGAUUUUGAAAUUGGAACGCGACUGUUCCAAAAUGGCUGUAGACAACAAAAUGGCCGCCAGGGACUUAAUAGCCAGUGAGGUAGACGAUAGUUUCAGAAUACGCUGUCUAUCGACAGCGGCUAUGAUGCUGAAGGAAUUCUUUGAUAAUUAUAACGACAUAGAAGCUCAAGAGGCGAUAUUCGAACAACACAUCCAGAUACUGGGUCGAGUGGAUUUAGAACUAUAUCCGGAUAGAGUGUCGCAUAAGGUUACGGAGAUAGUGCGGUACAUGAAGCAAUGCCUGGAAGUGAAGACCUACACACACAUGGCCAGAGAGAAGGUCCGGCCCAAGGCUCUCAGGCUCUAUGAACCUGAUAUACAGGCUGUCUUCACAGGUAGCAAGAGUUCUAAAAUGUCGAAGGAGGGCGCUGAACGAGCUAGACUACAAGGCAAAUACAAGAAGGAGAUGAAGGGAGCUCUCAGAGAGAUAAGAAGAGAUAAGGCUUACAUAGCCUCCGUCAAGAUCCGUCAGAAAAUACAAAGUGACAACAUCCGCAAAGAGAAAGUGAAGCAAAUCUACAAGGACGCGUCCAUACAGCAAGGGGAGCUGAAUAAAUUAAAACGAAUGAAAUAAUACGUUUAUUAAAUAAUUAACAUGUCAUAGAAAAUAUUUUAAUUACACACAAAAUAUAAUUGACACAAAUAAGGUCUUUAUUCAUAGUAAAAUGUUUAACAAAAAUAUUAUAUUAUCAUAUAGUCA